CAGUGAUGAUGAUAAGAUUAGCUUCUAUUAAUCACCGUAGAACUUAGAGAGGAGGGUGAGGAGUUAUGUCCGGCCUUUCCUGUCUCAUCCUCCGACUGUGCCCUCUUUACCCUGUAGACUCUGGCCCUCCCUAGGGACACAAGGACAGGCUUUGUGCCAGGCUUGGAUGCGGGUAGGACAGAGAACACUCAGAAGAAGUUCCUCAAACCUGUGUCUCAGAGAUGAGAGCUCAGGAGGACCCCAGGAGCCCAACACAGCAUGAGUCCCUGGGUUCAGGUUCAGCAGAGACUUCCACCAGGGACCAGCAGACACCCUUGACCAUGGAGCCCAAGUUUGACAUGUUGUACAAGAUUGAGGAUGUGCCACCAUGGUACCUGUGCAUCCUGCUGGGCUUCCAGCACUACCUGACAUGCUUCAGCGGCACCAUCGCCGUGCCCUUCCUCCUGGCCGAGGCGCUGUGUGUGGGCCGCGACCAGCACAUGGUCAGCCAGCUCAUCGGCACCAUCUUCACCUGCGUGGGUGUUACCACUCUCAUCCAGACGACAGUGGGCAUCCGGCUGCCUCUGUUCCAGGCCAGUGCCUUUGCAUUUCUGGUUCCAGCCAAAGCUAUCCUGGCCUUGGAGAGGUGGAAGUGUCCCCCAGAAGAGGAGAUCUAUGGUAACUGGAGUAUGCCCCUGAAUACCUCUCAUAUCUGGCAUCCUCGGAUUCGAGAGGUCCAGGGUGCGAUCAUGGUGUCCAGCAUGGUGGAGGUGGUGAUUGGGCUGAUGGGGCUGCCCGGGGCCCUGCUCAGCUACAUUGGGCCUCUCACGGUCACCCCCACCGUCUCCCUCAUUGGUCUCUCUGUUUUCCAAGCUGCUGGUGACCGAGCUGGCUCCCAUUGGGGCAUUUCAGCUUGCUCCAUUCUACUGAUCGUCCUGUUCUCCCAGUACCUACGCAACCUCACCUUCCUGCUGCCCAUCUACCGAUGGGGCAAGGGCCUCACCCUCUUCCGCAUCCAGAUCUUUAAGAUGUUUCCGAUCGUCCUGGCCAUCAUGACCGUGUGGCUGCUCUGCUACGUGCUGACCCUGACGGACGCGCUACCCGCCGAUCCCACAGCCUAUGGCUUCCAGGCACGAACGGAUGCCCGAGGGGACAUCAUGGCGAUCUCACCCUGGAUCCGCAUCCCCUACCCGUGCCAGUGGGGACUACCCACAGUGACGGUGGCCGCAGUUCUGGGAAUGUUCAGCGCCACCCUGGCAGGCAUCAUCGAGUCCAUUGGUGAUUACUAUGCUUGUGCCCGGCUGGCUGGGGCACCGCCCCCUCCAGUACAUGCUAUCAACAGGGGUAUUUUCACUGAAGGCGUCUGCUGCAUUAUCGCCGGGCUACUGGGCACAGGCAACGGUUCCACCUCAUCCAGCCCCAACAUUGGGGUCCUAGGGAUCACUAAGGUGGGCAGCCGCCGAGUUGUGCAGUAUGGUGCAGGCAUCAUGCUAAUCCUGGGUGCCAUUGGCAAGUUCACAGCCCUCUUCGCCUCACUCCCAGACCCCAUCCUGGGAGGAAUGUUCUGCACCCUCUUUGGUAUGAUCACCGCCGUGGGACUGUCCAAUCUGCAGUUUGUGGACAUGAACUCUUCCCGGAACCUCUUUGUAUUGGGGUUCUCUAUGUUCUUUGGCCUCACGCUGCCCAAUUACCUGGAUUCCAACCCAGGUGCUAUCAACACAGGCAUUCCUGAAGUGGAUCAGAUCCUAACUGUGCUGCUGACCACGGAGAUGUUUGUUGGCGGGUGCCUUGCUUUCAUACUGGACAACACAGUGCCAGGGAGCCCAGAGGAAAGAGGCCUGAUACAGUGGAAAGCUGGAGCCCAUGCCAACAGUGACACGUCAGCCAGUCUGAAGAGCUAUGAUUUCCCCUUUGGGAUGGGCAUGGUCAAAAGGACUGCCUUCUUCAGAUACAUUCCUAUCUGCCCAGUCUUCAGAGGGUUUUCUAAACAGUCAAAAACCCAGCCUCCAGUUCUGGAAGACACUCCAAACACCACGGAAACUGGGUCUGUGUGCACCAAGGUCUGAGACCAACCAGGAAAGGUGAUACUGGAUGUAACAGGAAAAGAAAACUACACAGGACACAGAAGACCUGAGUUGGAAAUCUCAACUCUGCCUGUUCCAAACUUCUGUGUAAGCUUGGACAAAUCAGCCUCUUGGAGACUCCAUUUCCACAUCAGCUUAGAAAACAACGAAGAGUAGGCCACAUUCUCUAAGCACUCUAGAGACUCAUACCAGCAUUAUUCUGUUCCUCACUUCUCCUUUCCUAAGCAUACCUGUCAAUGUAAAGGAAAAAGAGCUGGAAAUUCUCUACAUUUGAGUUGGGAGUUGAUAAAAAAGAAACCAGGAGAUUCCAGGGGUAACUGUAGACAUGCAGAUAGGCUCUUUUUUUUUUUUUUUUAAUUGAAUUCCAAUGUCAUGUAUUUUAAGACCAAAA